GGGGUAGUAAUGAUAGUUCAGUGUUGGGUAGAGACACUUCAAAAGUCAAAGAAGUCUUAAAAGAUAUGGAUCAAGCUGACAGUGAUGAUGACGAUGAUGCUGAUUUAAACGAAGCUGAAUCAACACCUGGCUUAGUUGAAGGUUUACCAAAAGAUUUAAAAAUCGUUCAAUUAGCAGCCACUGAUAAUUUAUCAGCUGUUUUAUUUGAAAAUGGUGACGUUUAUGCUUGGGGUACUUUCAGAUGUAAUGAAGGUAUACUAGGUUUCAAACACGAUAUAUUAAAACAGUCAACACCUCUCAAAAUUGAUGAAUUCAAAGAUAUUGUUCAAUUAGCAUCAGGUAAAGAUCACAUCUUGGGUUUAGAUGUCAAAGGUGUUGUAUUAGCUUGGGGUAAUGGUCAACAAUUUCAAUUGGGUAGAAAAAUUAUGGAACGUAAUAGAUUAAGAACUUUAGAACCAAGAGAAUUCGGUCUUGCUGAUGUUAUUUACAUUGCAUCUGGUGAAUUCCAUUGUUUCGCUAUAACAAAAGAUGGUAAAGUGCUAACAUGGGGUUUGAAUCAAUAUGGUCAAUGUGGUGUCUCAUCUGAUUUAGAAGACGGUUCAGUCAUUGCUACACCAACUGAAGUUGAAGGUUUAACAGAUAAAAAAAUUGUUUCAAUUGCAGCUGGUGAGCAUCAUUCAUUAGCUUUAUCAGAAGAUGGUUCCGUUUAUGCAUUUGGUAGAAUUGAUAUGUUUGAAGUUGGUAUCGCUAAAAAAGAUUUACCAGAAUCAACAUUUAGAGAUCUUCAUGGUAAUGCUAGAUCAGUUCCAGUUCCAACUAAAUUAGUUGGUGUUCCAAAAUUCAGAACUGUUGCAGUUGGUUCUCAUCAUUCUUUAGCUAUUUCUGAAGAUGGCGUUGUUUAUUCUUGGGGUUUUGGUGAAACUUAUGCUAUUGGUUUAGGCCCAGCUGGUGAAGAUGUUGAAACUCCAACAAGAAUUAAAAACACAGCAACUCAAAAUCAUGAUAUUCUAUUGGCUGGUGCAGGUGGUCAAUUCUCAGUCACUGGUGGUGUUAAAUUAUCAGAAGAAGAAGCUGAUAAAAGAGAAGAUAAAUUAGAAGAUGCUGAAUAGAUUAAAAACUAAGAAAAAAAGUUUGUUUGUUUGAUGAAAAAGAAA